ACGUAUAUUCAGUGUGUCACAAAGAAUUGCAUAUAUACAAACUGUGCUUAGUUUCCCUACACACUCACCUUGUUUUGUAUCAUAUAUGGUAACGCUUAAUCAGUUUUGAUGAAUGGUGCAUGCUCUCAAAUAACUUCUUGUCAUAGUUAGGGUGUAUGUCAAAGGAUCAUUAGUAUGCAAUGAAAAAUGUCCAUACAUUUGGCAAGUUUCACUAGAGGCACUUGUUUAGUUCUCAUACCAUGUUUCUCUAGUAAUUGUGUGAGUGUGUGUGUGUGUGUGUGUGUUUCAUAGUUUUUUUAUCAUGUGGAGUAUAAAUUUAUUUUAGGAUAACUUUAUUUUUAAGAUUUUAAUAUUAAAUUCUGUAUCAUUUUGGGUGGAACAUACAGACAACAACAAUACUUGAGUCUUUCUGAAUGCUUUGAAGAGUGACAGCCUAUAAUAGGUCUCUUAGUUUCAGUAAAACAGAAUAUAGUUCAGUGAGGUUAAUUAAACUGAGUUGGGAACUUUUUCAAGACAAUUGUAGUCAUUGGCUUGGUAAGAUAUAUUCUACAGCUUGCCAGUUCAUGUCAUGUUUUGUUGUAUGCAUUGUAGAAGUAGAUUAUUAUGGUUGCUUUUGAUAUGAUAUGUACUUCUGUAAUACUACCUUUACAAAAUCUCUGUUAGGUUCUGUUCACAGGAAGGAGUAGUUGUGCGGUACUUUGUUCGACAGAGGUUUUUGGAACUUCAUAAGUUAAUGGGGAUUACUUUUGAGUAUGAUGUGUUGCUUCUUCUGUAAUUUUGCUAAGACCAAAAAAUUUUUCUUCACCCCCUCCCCCUCCUCUUUGGGCCCAGAAUCACUUUUCAGUUAUCUAGGCAGUUUGUUUACUAACAAGAAUGUGUUAUUUUAAUAAGCUAGUAGUACUUGUAGUGAACUCUGAUUUCCCUUAUAUAUAAGCAAUAUAUAUAUUUUUUUAGUUUUCUUGUAUUUACUGUAAUUGAUGUCUACAUUAACACUGGUUUUAGAUUCUAUACUUUUCCCCUUCCUUUCCUCUUAAACAGUCGAGGAGGAAGUAGACGGCGCAGAUACGAAGGUGAAGAUUUUGGGCCAAGAGUAAAACGGUUGAGAGGACCACAGAAUGUAAGAGGAAGAACGGAGAAGCCAAGUAAGUUUAUCACCACAUACACACGUGAAAGGGCAAGGGAAAGAUCACCACAGUACCGAACUGUACAACGUCGAGAAAGUUCAUACAAUGGUAACAGUAGUCAUAAGAUGACAUAUCAAGAUUUCAUGAGAGAAAUGCGAGAAUUUCACACACGAGCUCCCAGUAAUCUACCUCCUAUGGCGUUUCCGCCUCCGCCUCCAUUUGAUCCAAUUGGUCCACCAAGAUAUUAUGAUGGACCUCCAUUACCUGAAUAUCCAUCAUCUUCUCGAUCACGUUCUGAAAAAAGACCAUCUGCUGAUCCUUAUGAUCGCAGUGUGGACGAAUUUCUUCAAAGAACUUUUCGCGAUCGAAAGAGGAAAGAAGUCGUGAGCGUCGCUAUCGUGAGCGGAGAUAAGUUAUCGGUUUUAUUACUGAAAUGUAUUAUUUUGCUUUAA